AUGAGGGCCCGAUUCGAUGUUCAAUGUAACAAAAUUAAUAGUGAAUUAAUCAAACGAAAUAUUGUGUCUGAACCACUUGCAUUAGAACCACUUAGGCAAAGGUUAGGAAGAUUUAAAACUGAUGUGAACCUUAAACGAGAAGCUAAAAAAUGGCUCAUGGAUUUAGACGAUCUUGAAACAAAAAUAGAAGAUUUUAUUGUCGAAAACGAUAAUCUAUUCAAGCUGUAUUUAAAUUAUCAUCAUGAACAACGUAUUAUAAGUCCUUCUAUUUUAAAGUUAAUACAUAAAAGACGAAAAAUCAGUAUUUCAGUAUAUAAAAAAUUAGAUAUGCCAAAGUUUGAACUAAAAAUAAUAGAAAACUAUAGUUAUACCAGUAAUGAAUUUAAGGCACAAUUCCAGUUUUGGUUAAACGAAGACCUAUUUUGUCAGAUAGAAACAAAAGAGAUAGAAGAUGAUGAAAUUCUAGAGAGAUUUAAGAGUAAUUCAUAUGUUGUUGGAUAUUUGCAAACACCAAAAAAUGAAAUUCAUUUAAAAGAUGAAUAUGAUAUAAAUAAUGUCACUAAUAUUUUAAUUAAAUAUUUUUGUCAAUAUAAAAAAGCUAGUAGAGAUCUGUUAAAAGAAAUAAGACAAAAUAUCAAUUCAAUUGCAAUUAGAUCCGAUAAAGCGAAUAUUUUUGUUUUACAUCAAAUUAUAGGACAAACAACUGUUCCAACUAAAAAAGAAAUUCAAUCCUUUUAUCAUAGAUCAAAAAUAUCAGUUUUAUGA